AUGGGGAAGAAAUAUUACACAUGUGAUGUCUGUGACAAGAUGUUCAGCCAAAGUAACAAUUUUACGAUCCAUCGACGCACGCACACUGGCGAAAAACCUUAUGCGUGUAAUGUAUGUGACAAAUCGUUCUCCGUAAGUAACAGUUUGGCAGCACACAAACGAAUGCACACUGGUGAAAAACCGUACGCAUGCAAUGUAUGUGACAAAUCGUUUUCCGUAAGUGGCAGUUUGGCAGCUCACAAACGAAUGCACACUGGUGAAAAACCAUACGCUUGCGAUAUAUGCGACAAGUCGUUCUCUGUAAACGGAAGUUUGACGGCACACAAACGAAUGCACACUGGCGAAAAACCUUAUGAGUGUGAUGUAUGUGACAAGUCGUUCUCCGUAAGUGGCAGUUUGGCAGCACACAAACGAAUGCACACUGGUGAAAAACCAUACGCUUGCGAUAUAUGCGACAAGUCGUUCUCUGUAAACGGAAGUUUGACGGUACACAAACGAAUGCACACUGGCGAAAAACCUUAUGAGUGUGAUGUAUGUGACAAGUCGUUCUCCGUAAGUGGCAGUUUGGCAGCACACAAACGAAUGCACACUGGUGAAAAACCGUACGCUUGCGAUAUAUGCGACAAGUCGUUCUCUGUAAGUGGCAGUUUGGCAGCCCACAAACGAAUGCACACUGGAGUUAAACCGUAUGCAUGCGAUAUAUGCGACAAGUCAUUCUCUGCAAGUGGCAGUUUGGCAGCACACAAACGAAUGCACACUGGAGUUAAACCGUAUGCAUGCGAUAUAUGCGACAAGUCAUUCUCUGCAAGUGGCAGUUUGACGGCGCACAAACGAAUACAUUCUAGAGAAAAACUCUACGCAUGCAAUGUAUGUAACAAGUCGUUCUCUGAAAUCAGCAAUAUUGAAGACACAGUAAACUAUCCACAAGAAUUGUUGAAUGCCCUGAAUCCUACCCGGGCCUGUCACUGCGUGACCUGA